AUGGAGACAACUCAACAUUCCUCGUUAGUCGGAGGUAGCGUGUUCUGGAAAAAGCCACGGACACGUGUUAUCAGGUCAAGGUCCAUAAUCCUGAAAAUAAUGGGACAAAAGCUGGAUGAAAGGGUGGAGAAGGUGAAGAAAGGAUGUGAAGGUCUUGAAGAAGAUGACCUUCUUGCAUCUGUUGCUGCUCAAUCGAACAUCACAAGAGACCAAAUUCUUGAUCUCAUUCUCAGCAUGCUCUUUGCCGGCCAUGAAACCUCCUCCGCUGCCAUUUCUCUUGCCAUCUUUUUCCUUGAGUCUUCUCCCAAAGCUCUUCAACAACUCCGAGAGGAGCACAUGAAUAUAGCCAAGAUGAAGAAGGAGAAAGGAGAGAGUGGGCUAACUUGGGAUGAUUACAAGCAGAUGGAGUUCACUCACUGUGUGAUCAAUGAAACUCUGAGGCUAGACAACAUUGUGAAGUUCUUGCACAGAAAGGCCAUUAAGGAUGUCCAAUACAAAGGUUAUGAAAUUCCAUGUGGAUGGGAAGUUGUACCAAUAAUCUCCUCAGCUCAUUUGGACCCUUCCAUUUACGAUGAUCCACAGUCCUACAAUCCCUGGAGAUGGGAGACAAUUUCAACGGCGACAUCGAAGAACAAUAGUAUAAUGUCAUUCAGCGGCGGUCCUCGUCUAUGCCCGGGUGCCGAGCUUGCUAAGAUGGAGAUGGCUGUGUUCUUGCAUCACCUUGUUCAGAAGUUCACCUGGGAAUUGGCUGAGCAUGACUACCCUGUAUCCUUCCCAUUUCUAGGGUUCCCUAAACACUUGCCAAUCAAAGUCCAUGCAAUUGAUCACAACCAUGAAGCAUGAAGCUAGAGAUAAUAUAUGAUCACUUAACUUGGGAUUAUAUAUAUUAUUAUGUUAUCUUUAUGUUGUUGUAUUGGAGAAACCACGUCCAUGGGUGCAUGCAUGCUUAAUAUUUUCCUUGUGCUAUCUAUGUAUCAAUUUAUCUAUAUUUAUCAUUGAGUGAAGCUUUGUUCAA